AUGGAAUCGAAAAAAAUUAAGGAUACGCUUUUGCUACCUCAAACUAGUUUUCCGCUGAAAAAUACUAAUCACUGCGAAACUGAAAAAAAAAUUAGGGAAUUGUGGGAAGAGAAACAAAUUUAUCAACAAGUAUUAGAAAAAAAUAAAAAUAAUUCGGCUUUCAUUCUUCAUUCGGGUCCACCUUAUGCUAACGGUUGGGAUACCCAUGGAUUACCAAUUGAGCACAAAGUGAUUCAGACCUACCAAAGCAAAAAAAUAAAUCUGCACCAAGUCUGUCAUGACUUUGCUUUAACCCAAGUUCAAAUCCAAAAAGAACAAUUAAAAAAAUUGGGAUUAUUUACUGAAUAUAAUCACUAUUAUAUUACUCUUAACAAAGAAUAUGAAGCCGAGCAAAUUCGAGUUUUUGGCGAAAUGGUGAAAAAAGGGCUGAUUUAUCAAGGAUUUCGACCAAUUUAUUGGUCUUGCGGACAUGAAACCGCCUUGGCCGAAGCCGAAAUAGAAUAUUACGAAAAAAAAGAUACUUCUCUUUAUUUUAAAAUCAAUGGCCGUCAAAAAAUCGGCUUCUUAUGCUUUGUAGAAAAGGUAUUUUCAGGAGAAAAAUUAUUAGGACUAACUUAUUUUCAUCCUUAUCAAAAGGACAGAAAGGGAUAUAUUGUUGACGGAAGUGAUUUUAUUGAAGAAGGGGAAGGAACGGGAAUAGUCCAUUUAGCACCCGCUUUUGGGGCAGAAGAUUUUGCAGUAGCAAAAAAGGAAAAAUUAACAAUUGAAUGCCCACUAGAACCGAAUGGAAUAUUUAAUGAAAAAAUCGCGGUUUCGGAAUUGAUUGGCAAACAUUAUAGUGAAGUAAAUAAUUAUGUUAUUACUGAUUUAGAAACAAGAAAUUUAACCAUUGAAAAAGAAGUAAUUAUAGAAGUCAUAAAAAAAGAGUUAAUAGAAAAUAUUGCCAAAAAUAAUGAACCGAUACUUAACCCUAAAAUUAUUGAUUAUGUGGCUGAAAUAGUUGCUAGUCGUGAAGAAACCAUUUUGGGUGAAGAUAUUAUGGAUGUUUGGUUGGAUAGUGGGGAUACCCCUUAUGGACUAAGUAUUUUUAAGCCAGAAAAAGUUAAAGAAUUAGAAAAUAGAAUAGAGAUAGUAAGGCAGUUAUAUAUCGUUACAUUGCUAGAAGAUUAUAACUAUCCAAAAUCGAGAAUCAAAUUAGAACACUCCAUACACUUUGGGCGAGAAAAAAAAUCAGCUGAUAUUGUAAUUUUCGAUAAAGAUAGGCCUAAUGUUGAGUAUAUUAUAGUCGAAGUUAAAAAACCAAAUGAAAAACUUGGAAAAGAGCAAUUGAAAUCUUAUUGUAAUGCCACCGAAAUAACCGCCUUGCCAAAUUCUGAACAAAGCCUCGCAGAUAUCCUUAAAGAGCGUUAUACUUUAAAAGACUUGAUUAUCAAAGAUAAAAUUCCCAAUGAAGGCAGGUCGCUUAAACAAAUUAUACUAUCUUUAGAAGAUGAGGUUUUAGCCAAUGCCGGAGUUGAUGUAUUUGAAGAGGUUUUUAAGUUAAUUUUUACUAAACUUUAUGAUGAGCAUCAAAGCAAACGAGACAAAGAAGUUUUAUAUCGAGCAUUAAGAAAGAAUUUAGGAAGUGGUUGGUACAGUGAUUUUAAUAAAGUAAAGAAUUUUUUGCUUAACUUUGAUGAUGAUAAGGAAAGUAAUAUUGAAUUAGCGCCAUCACAUCUUGCUAUAUGCAUAUCUGGAUUACAAGACGUAAAGUUGUUUAAUACUAAUUUACAAGUAAUUGACGAGGCCUUUGAAUGCCUAGUAAGUAAAUCAUCAAAAGGAGAGAAAGGUCAAUAUUUCACGCCCAGGCAUGUCAUUGACAUGUGUGUAAAAAUGUUAAAUCCAAAAAAAGGAGAAUUUAUGAUUGAUACUGCAGCUGGCUCGUGUGGUUUUCCGGUUCAUGUUAUUUUUUAUAUUUUUAAUUCACUAUUGUAUGGUGUGGCUGAUGAAGAGAAAGAAAAUAUUGAAAAAAUAUUUGGAAUCGAUUUUGAUGAGAAAGUUGUGCGAGUAGCUAGAACAUUGAAUUUAAUUGCGGGAGAUGGCAAUACCAACGUGCUUCAUUUAAACACCCUCGAUUAUGACCGAUGGAAUGAAAAUUCAGAAAGCAUAAAGUGGUGGGAUAUUUACGGUGAAGGUUUCAAGAGAUUAAAAAAACUAAGAAAAAAUUCCAGCAAUAAAGAAUUUUUGUUUGAUAUUUUAAUGGCUAACCCACCUUUUGCCGGAGAUAUUAAAGAGUCGAGGAUUAUCCAUAAAUAUGAGUUAGGCUAUAAGCAAAAAGACCAAAAAAGGAGUCCAAAAAACCAGAUAGGAAGAGAUAUUUUAUUUAUUGAAAGAAAUUUAGAUUUUUUAAAACCAGGGGGGAGAAUGGCAAUAGUUUUACCACAAGGUCGAUUUAAUAAUACAUUAGACAAAGAACUCCGUGAAUAUAUUGCUAAUAGAGCUAGAAUUAUUGCGGUUAUAGGUUUACAUGUUAAUACUUUUAAGCCUCAUACAGGAACUAAAACGAGCGUCUUAUUUUUGCAAAAAUGGAAUGAUAACCCUAAAUUUGGUGCCUUAUGCCCCAAGUUGGAAGACUAUCCAAUUUUCUUUGCCGUAUCCGAAAAAGGAGGUAAGGAUAAUUCCGGAGAAUAUAUUUAUGUGAAAGAUGAAUUAGGCAAACCUAAAAUAGACGGGAACGGACAUUUAAUUAUUGAUAACGAUUUGUAUAAUCAUGCUCUAAAUGAUAGCAAUGAUUCCAAAGAACUCCCGGAUGGAGUAGCUGAAGAUAAUUUAGAAAGAACGUUUAGGAUAGAUGCUGAAUUUUAUAAACCAGAGAUCUUAAAUUCUUUAAAUUUACUUAGUAAAAAACAACCUUUAACUAACUAUGUUAAAGUAAGUGAUGGUAAUCAUUCAAAAAUAACUGAAUAUUUCCAAGACUAUCCGGGCAUUCCUUAUUACGGAGGAAAAGAUGUAAGCGCCAAUUUCUUUAUUGAAAAUGCUAAACCUGUUUAUAUACCAGAAAAGAAAUAUAAUAAAAAGGAAAUGAGAAGGUCUCACUUUCUUCCAGGAGAUAUUCUGCUUACAACGGUGGGAAUAAUUGGUAAUUUAUCAUUAAUAACAGACACUAUCAAAGAAAGUACCGGUGCUCGUUCGGUUGGGUUUUUAAGACCUACAUCAGAACUUUCUUCUGAAUAUAUAGCAUCAUUUUUAAUGUCAAAAUAUGGGUUGAUUCAAUUAAAAAGAAUAGCUAGAGGCAGUGUUCAAGUAAGGAUGAUAUUAGAAGAUUUUGAUCAAAUUCAACUAUAUCCUUGCUCUAACAAGUUUGAUCAAACAAUUAAACAGGUGAUUCAAUUGUCCAUUAAACUUAAUGCUACAAGAAAGCAACAAUAUCAUAAGGCCGAAAAGAUUCUAGCAACGGCACUUGAUUUAGAGGAAUUUCAACUUCAACAUAAAUUAACUUUUGCUAAAAAUUUCUCAGACAUCAAACAAGUUGAGCGAUAUGAUGCCGAAUAUUUUCAGCCAAAAUUCGACGAAAUUAUUAAAAGAAUAAAUAAAUAUAAAAAGGGGUGCAAGAAUCUAGAAGAUUUAAUAUCAGUCAUAGGACACCCUGCCAAUCCUCCUUAUGGAACAAAAUCCCUUUAUACAACUGAUGAAUUUAUUACAAGGAAUAAAAAUUACAUACUAUCUAAAAAUGAUAUCAUUCUUUAUUCAGCAGGUGCUGCAUAUGUGGGAAAAGCUAAUUUAUAUAAUUCAUCGGUAAGAGCAACUUUUGGAAGUUUCUUAACCCUUAUACGGCAAGACCAAUUUCGUGGUUGGUUUAACUCCUCGCUAAUUACUGCGGUCAUUCUUGCUAACCAAGCCCCUUAUCAACAAGUUCUUUCUCAUGGUUUUGUGGUCGAUGAAAAAGGACAUAAAAUGUCCAAAUCAUUAGAAGUAAAAGUUAGCAUUCCAAUUUUAGAAAAGGUUCAAGAAAGUUAUCAAAAGAUUCGUAAUACUUUGCGGUUUUUGUUGGGUAACCUUGCCAAUUUACCACCCGAGAUAAAAAGUGAAAAAGACUUAGAAACAAACUUAAAUUCAGUAGAUUAUCAUAUCCUUCAUAAAUUAGAAAGAUUGGUAGCAGAAAGCCAAAAAAAUUAUAAUGAAUACAAUUUUAACCCGGGUUUAUUAAAAAUUAUUGUGCCAAUUUUGCCUUAUCUAGCGGAAGAGAUUUAUCAAAACACCCCUUUCCAAUUUGGCUUUGCCGGCCAAGAAAGUAUUCAAUUAGUAAAUUAUCAUUGGAAUUUGCCUCUUUCCCUUGCUAGCAAAAAGAAAUCGGAGUUAAUUAACGUUUUUUUCCUCCCCCUUCGUCAAGAAAUUUAUCAAUCCUUAGAACAAGCUCGCCAAGAAAAAAUUAUUGCAACUAACUCACAAGCACAUUUAAUAAUUUAUCUCAAAGAGGAAAAAAUUAGUGAAAAAGAAAGCAAAUUACUAUCAGAAAAAGAGGGCGACGAAUCCGAAACAAUCGAGAAAAAAAGUGGUGAAGCGGAAAUCACUAAUCUUUCUAAUUACAAGGAGGAGAUAGAUAGGAUAGAAAUUCGUUUUACUUACAAUAUUAUUGGUAAACUAGGAGGAAAAAUAGGAAGUUUGAAUCGAGAUUUAAAAUCUGCUAAUAAAAUUAUCACUGAAUAUGAAAAAUACCGAGGAUAUUUGGAAAAAGUAAAAGAUGCUUUUGGCGAAUACUCAAUUUUCAGCGAUGAAAAGGGGAAAGAAUAUGAGAUUAACACUGCCAGAGUAGAUAGAACUUACGACAUUUUCCAAACUGAGGAAAACAACAAACAAGUUAAUCAGAAUGCGAUAAAGAAAAUUAGGGAAAAUUUCCAGGAAGCAGGCAAAGUUAAAGGUUUAGAAGAAGAAAACAAAAAAUUAGCCAAAGAAUUAGAAGAAAAACAAAGCUUAAUAACCGAAAUUGAUAAGCAGUUAGACAUUUUCCCGAGCGACCCGACUGGUGAUGGAAAAGCUGAUUAUAGCAAAAAUUUUGACAGGGACAAAGUAAAUAAUAUUAAAAAAAUCCGUCAUGAAGCCAAAGAAUUAGAUAUCUUAAAAGGUGGUGAAGGGAAGGAUAAAGAAAACAUUGACAACGGCAAAUUAACAAUACUUAAAACCAAAAUUACCAGUUUAGGGACUAUUAAUAACCAGCUUAAUAUUUUAAACGAGAAUGGUAGUCUAAAUGAAAAAGAAAGCGAAAGAGAACAAAUUACGACUGAGAAAAAAGACAUUAAAGAAAUCGAUAAUUCUCUCCAAACAGUAGCAGCAAAUUUAGCAAAAUUAGUAAGAAAGCAGGAAGAAGUUAAAGAAAAAAAGGACGGUUAUGAAGCAGAAUUAAAAAAAUUACUUUUUGAGAAAAAUGAAGCAGAGGAUAACGAAGUGGAAGAUGAGGCUUUACGAAAGUUAAAAGAAGGACUACAUCCAGAAAGUUCCGAAGAAACUCCAACUAAAAAAAGUGGCGUGGCCAUUACUAAUGAAAAUUUCCAGACUUUUAUUGGUAUUAAUGAUAAUUUUUUGGCAAAGAUGCAAGCAACGGGGCAAAAUUUUGGACUUAGUGCCGAAGAACUGGCAGAUAUUAACUCUUUAAGAGAAGAAUUGGGCGAAUAUCCGUUGUUUCUUUAUCAAGAAUUUAAAACAGAGGCCAAACUCCGCUUAGACGAAUUCUACGCUGCUUAUCCAACUGACUCAAACAUUUCUUCUAAUUAUCAGGAGGAAUUAGCGAAAGUAAAAGACUUUGAUUUCAAUACGGUUGCAAAAAUUAGUAGGAAAACAUUGAAUGAGGAGGUAAAAAAAGAUUACGAAAACUUAAGCACAGAUGAAUUCAUUGGUGAUGCGAACCGAAUAAGAGCCAAGGUUAUAGCAGAAAUUCAGACUAAAUCUCAGCCUAAUUUGGACGAAGCGAAAACGGCGGCGAAAGAGCGUUUAAUUGGCUUGAUUAGAAAAUCUGUAUUAGCCGGCAAUGGUGCUGUUAAUGCCGACCAAUUAAGUCAGCGUAGUGAAAAAAUUGUGGAAGCAGCCAAAUCCAUUGAGGGGGAAGUUAUUAGUAAAGCCGGAAUAACCAAGGAUAACGCCGAGACUUAUAAAGCGGUCAUGGACGAGUUUAACCGACAAACUGAAGACCAAAUUAACCCGCUGAAAGACCCAGGCGUAUUUAUAAAAUUAAGCGAAUUGGUAGACAGCAAUAAACGAAAACACCAACGGCAGGAGAGAAUUACGGCUGUGCUGGGUAAUGUUUUCACUUCCGACGAUUUAAAUAAAGAACCUUAUUUUAAAGAUUUUGAAAAGGAUAAAAUGGAAAUUUCUAGUGCUACAAUUACAAAAAUUAAUGAUUUGUUAGCAAGAUUAGGAUACCGUGAAACUGAUAAUGAUAAAAAAAAUGGUGCUAAUGGCAGAUAUUACGGCAGGAACGGUCAGCCAAUAAUGGGAAGAAGACCCAUCCGAACUUACACCCAACUGGUUAAUAAUAGUAUCGAAUUAACGAAAAUUAUUGAGGAAAAAGAUACCAAUAUCACUGCCACCAACGACAACCCAAACCAAUUAGUUUUUAAAAAAAUCCUCCAAGAUAACGACGAAACCAAAAUUGAUAUCGACAAAUUAAAAAAAAUAAUUGAACUUAGCGAUAAAGUAAGUGAAGAAAAAUUAACUAAAUAUGAAGAAAUUGUUUCGCUUCUUAAUAUUAAUUUAGAUACUAAUAAUAGAUAUAAUUUUGAUAGUGAUGGUUCACAAUUAAAACAAUUUUUAACCAACACGCUGGAAUUAGACGAACGGAAAAUUUUUGACUUAAUUAAAGACAGUGAUGACUUGAAAGUUAAAAAUGAAACUAUUGCUAGGGUUGAAAAUAAUUUAGGUGGUGAUGAUGGGAAAAUUAGUUUGGAAGAUUUAGUCACAAUUGGUAUGCCUGAGUAUGAAACUUACGCUUAUGGAAAUCCCAAAAAGAAAGCGGGUCUUAACCGACUGAUAAAAGUUUUCGCCGAAUAUAAAAAAAUCUUGGGUAAUGACACGACUAGCGAGAGCCUGGAUAUUUUCGACCAAACUAACAAAUCAAUUGAUAGCGUGGUUGAUAAGAAAAAAAUGGCUGACCAACUACACGCCCAAAGAGUAUAUCAAAAAAUUGAGGUUCUCAACCAUAUUCCCAAAGAUAAUAAUGGUAAAGUUAGCCUGACGGAAUUAGAAAAGAUUGUUAAAUUUUAUUUAGAGAUUGUUAAUGAUAAGGAUAAUAAUCAAAAUAAGACUUACGAUGCUAUUCUUACUACCGAGAAAAAAAAUAUUGAUAAGAACAAAUUAACCGAAUUAGUUAAAGAUAAACCAAAACUUGAUGAAUUUCGUAAGUUUUGGUGGGAGAAAUUUAAUAAUGAAGCAAAGCGACUUGGCAGAAAAAACAAUAUGGUUUAUUAUCUUGGUAUUGGUGUUAAUGAAAAUGAAGAGCAAGAAUAUUUUGCCAAAUUAACCGACUUAAACGAUUGUCGAGCCGAAAGCCAAAGAUUAUUAAAAGAACUUUAUCAAUUAGCCAACGAACCAGUGCCAGCCGACUUGCUAAUAACUGAGAGCAACGCCGAAACUUACCAGGGAGUAAUGGACGCGUUCGAAACUAUGACAGACGCCAAAUUGGCGGCAGAUGACAAGUCCGAGAACUUAGCCACAUUGAUUUCAGUUUUAAAAAUAUCGGGUGAAACUAUUAAAAAAGAACAACAACUUCUCCAAAUAAUUGGUUAUUCUGCGACGGAUAAUGACAAACAAUUAAAACCUGACCCCCAUUCUACCGAAACUGACCCCACUCGGGUUCUCAAAAUUUACUAUUCCGAUUUCAAAAAAAACCGGGUUGGUGAGAAAAACUUAGCACAUACUAACCAGACCAUUGAGGGGUUAAUAGAUAUUGAGAAUGGAACCGAUAAGACUAAUAAUAAAUAUCUAGCAAUUGAGGAAGAUUUUGAAAAAUAUAACUUGACCGAAAUUCGAGAUGAAUUUCUUAAGAAAACUUUGUUACUUUAUAAAUUAACAGAAAAACUCAAUUAUACUCCGACUGAUAAUGACAAAAUUCCUAUCGAAAAAGGAACUAAUAAUUUUGAAUGA